AUGGCCCAAAUCAAAGGCCUCAGUGCUUAUGACCGUCCUCCAGAUCCUGUCAGACUUUGUUAUAAGAAAUACUCUAAGAUUGCCUUGUCCGAAAUUGACAAUGACCCGCGAAUCCUCGAUCUGCAACGGAUCGAUCCCGACCAACUUCCACGUGGAGUGACUAUCGCUCAGCAUAUGUCCAGCCAGGAUCUGCGAUUGGCAUUUGACGAUUUUGUCUGUGGCGGUCAUGCUGUAAUACAAGAGCAUGCCCCUUUGACUGAGAACAUCCCAGUCUUCGCUCAUGAAUCUAUCUCCGGUCUCCUUAUGAUUCCUGCCUUGUUCCCUCCCACUGUUCAGAUCGAGUUGCUUUCUCGCCUAUUACAUCGAGAUCUACCCGUACCCGAGCAUCAGACAAACCUACACUUGCACUACGACGUAACAUACCCCGAAAAAGCACAAGACACGGGCAUGCCCAAGUCAUUCUUUGCUGAUGAUCCUACACGCACCCUACAGCCCAAGGAUCCUCAGGUGCAUAGGCCUUUGACUAUUCAAAGUGUUUUGGAGAAAAAGCUGCGCUGGGUCACAUUGGGUGGACAAUACGACUGGACAGCCAAGGUAUACCCAUCGGGGAUUCCUCCAGAGUUCCCUCCAGAUAUUGCAAAGCUACUUCGUGCUGCGUUCCCGCAGACCGAUGCCCAGGCCGCUAUACUGAACCUCUAUUCCGCCGGAGAUACGCUGAGCGUGCACCGUGACGUGAGUGAGGACUGUGACGUAGGUUUGAUUAGCGUGAGUUUUGGAUGCGACGGGUUGUUCUUAGCUAGUCACGACGAUGGAACUGGUUGCGAGGUUAUUCGGCUUCGGUCAGGCGACACUGUAUACAUGAACGGGAAAUCGCGGUUCGCCUGGCAUGGAGUGCCGAAGAUCCUGCCCUCGACUUGCCCAAGCUGGUUGGCUAAUUGGCCAUCGUUCGAAGAGUCUGUUCCCGGAAAGCCGCCUGGUCCAUACGAGAUGUGGAAGGGUUGGAUGUCCGGUAAACGGAUCAACCUGAAUGUUCGACAAAUGAGAAGCACUCCUUCCCCAGAGAAUCAGACACAGCAGGUCUGA